AUGAAAGCGCAACAGACAACGGGGGCGGGACCACAGGAACACGACCACAGGACAACGGAGCGUCGGGAAAUGAUGGUCUGGGCGGCAGAGGCAGGACAACUAAAUAGGCGAACCGCAAAAACUCAUCGUCAAGGAGCGACAGAUACAGCCUGGUGAAUGCAAAAGGAGGAACAGAGUGCACUAUGCAGCAAUAAUAAAAUUCACGGGAAUUGA